AGUUACUCCGGCCGUCCACCAUCAUCUCCUCCUUCCCUUGUCGCCGACGUCAACGAUGUAGAAGCUUGCGACCUACCCAUCCAUGAGCAAUGUCUACUCCAUCAAGAGUCAUCCAGAUGACCGAUUUCCAACCAUGUAUGUCAUCUUCGAGUCGGUGCCAGUCGCCGCAGCGCGUCCGGUAACCGCCCAUCAUUAAACCAAAGACGCUGGCAGUAAGGGGGUUCUCGUGAGUACUUAUACAGCUUUUCUUUCCUCCAACAAGAAAAAAAAAUCUUUUUCUAGAUCUUCAAUCAUGGAUUUACCCCUCCAGCAAGUUCUCUCUGGCAUCCUUAAAAUGACCGACGCUUCAGGGUUGAACGCCACUGAAAUCAUCUCUGGUAUUCUAAAUGCCACUUCAUCGUCGUCAAAUCAUACAGAAGGGACGACAUUGAACACGUCCCUCUUCAGUGGAAGCAUGCCAGCAAACAUCCUAGCCCUUUUUCCCCUCUUGUUUUCUUUUGGGGCUUUGAGUGGUUGGGUCAAGAUCUUCCUGAUUGGCGGUCUUGUUGAGACGUGUAGGAGGUGGUUUGGCCUUUUUUACGAAAAUGCUGUGGAUUCGUUCUAUAUGACGGCGGUGUUUGACGAGGACGAUGUUAGUUAUCAGUGGAUGAUGGUCUGGUUAUCGACGCAACCUGCUUGGGCCAAGAUACGACAAGUUCAAGUAAGCACGGACACAUACGGCGCGGAUAGAACCGCAAUCAGCAUCGACGCCGACGACGACGAAGAUGCAGUAAAUACCCGAAAAAUGUUUUAUAUUCCAACACCUUCCAAAACCUACACAUUGUGGUACAAGGGACGAUUUCUGACAAUCACGAGGAGCGAGGAACAGGGAAGAUGGGGGAGGGAUAGUAAACUUCAUUUGACAUUGACGACUCGCGAUCCAAAAUUACUUGCUGAACUCCUCAAAGAUGCACGUCGAGCCUACAUGGUUUGUCGAGAAGACAAAAUGUGCAUAUGGACCUCGGAUUCUACCAACAGCUGGCGACAGGUCGCUCGUCGUGCAAAGAGGAGUUUGGGGUCGAUUGUUUUGGAUCCUGGAGUUAAGGACACGAUCAUGGAAGACGCCAGAGACUUUUUGGCGAGUCGGAAGUGGUAUAAUGAGCGGGGUAUUCCUUUUAGGAGAGGUUACCUGUUGUACGGCGCCCCGGGAAGUGGGAAGACCUCUCUCAUCCACAGUCUGGCUGGUGAACUCGAGUUGGAUGUCUACAUCAUCUCUCUCUCGCGUAUCGGAUUGGACGAUAGCGGGUUAGAUUCCUUGAUCAACGAGUUACCGGAACGAUGCGUUGCCUUGAUGGAGGAUAUCGAUGCAGCGUUCACUCAUGGGUUGACCCGAGAGUUGGAUGAAGAUCUGGACGAGAAGAGGUUGGGUGCUAAGGACGAUGAAGAUUCGGGAGAUGAGCCGAACAAUAAAAAGAAGGGUCAAAUGCCUGUUCCGAAUGCAAGCCGCGUCAGUCUUAGCGGUCUCCUCAACGCUCUCGACGGAAUCGGCGCGCAAGAAGGAAGAAUCUUAUUCGCCACUACGAACAAAUACUCUUCGCUCGAUCCUGCCCUCUGUCGACCAGGCCGGAUGGAUCUGCACAUCGAGUUCAAGUUGGCUAGCAAGUACCAGGCGAGGGAGCUAUUCAAGAGGUUCUAUAAUCCGAAUGCGCGUGGUGAAGAAGAACAAGAACAAGAAAAUAGGAAGGAGAACGAAAGCAUGGGGUGCGAGAAGAAUGAGGAGGACGAGAAGUCGGAAGGGGAUUCGGGAUAUAACUCCACAAACGAUUCUUCUUCGUCGUCGUCAUCUACCCUCUCCCUCCCUUCCCUCCGAUCUUCCGGAAAUGUUGAUUUACCAAAGCCCGCUGUAUGUGGAGCUAUGCACCAACACUGCCACAUGCACGGUCCAAAGCUGACCAAACGUCAGCUCGAACGUAUGGCGGAAGAGUUUGCGGAUGCAGUUCCGGAACGAGAGGUGUCGAUGGCAAGUUUGCAGGGGUAUCUGAUGACGUAUAAGAUACGUCCUGAGGAUGCGGUGAAGAACCUUGGAGGAUGGAUUGAGAUUGAGUUAAGAGAGAAGAGAGAGAAGGAGAGGAGGAAGGAAGAGAGGCAGAAGAGGAGAGAGGAGAGACGGAAACGGGAACCUAAUAAGAGAGAGGAGGGGCAGAGUGAGGGGGGAUUAUCGGAUACCCAUUUACGAAAUACAGAAAACCCCCGCAUUCUAUAA